UAGGUGAUAGAACUAAAGGUGAGAACUACAUUAGAAAUUUAGAAACCCUAUAGGACUGAUAAUUAAUCUUAUGACUGCUUUGCUGCAUGAAAACGUUGCGGCAACAUCCGAAAAACUCAUAAUGAUGGUUGCAUGGCAUAAAGGAGGCAGCAUGGCAGUUGAGGAUGCUACAUCCUACAUGACAAUUGAGAAAUCCAAAGUCUUCUGAGUUAUUGAUAAUUGAUUGCUAUCAAUGCCAUUCUCCAAUCUGUCAAUGUUGAACUGUCACCAGAAUAGAACAUGUUCUUGUUCUGUUUCUAAAUGAUUGCAACUAGUAUGAUCAGAAUGAGGUUUAUGUCAUUGAUUGUUUGGUAGAUUUAUCCAAAAGGUAAAAAAUUGUUGCAAGUGCAUGCUAAUGAAUAGGUAGAACAACAGCUCCUAAACUGGACUGUUUUAUAGCCUUACCGUGUAUAGGUAUGGUAGAGUAAUGAGCAAACUGUUUCAAAGUUUUUUUUUCAAGUCAUGUGUGUUUCUUGUUGUGGAUAGUUGUGUAGGUCUAGUUCAAGAUUAUUGCAGUUUAAUAAGCACUCAAGUUUGUCAUCCUUCUAUACGUUGGCUUAGAGCACACUACAAGUACAGUUUGUUGUUUUAGAUGUCUAAAUUAUUGACAAAAUUUGCCAUUGGAAAUUUUUAUAUAGGAGAGAAAAAGAAACAGUAACUAGGCAUUCCAAGUUCCUAAACUUUUUCAGAAGCAUUCUCAGCCAAUUGCAAUAAUGCAUUACAUGAAAAUCAUCUUAGAUUUUGUUGAUGCGUAUCCAGCAUUCAGAAAAAGCAUUUUGUUGAUGCGUAUCCAGCAGCAGACAGAAAAAAGCUGACAUAUACUUGUCCUUCCGUCAGUUAAUCGAGAUGGACCAAUGCAGAUCAACAGUUGCAACAUAUUGACGACAUUUUUGCCUGUGUCAGGAGAUCUCCACGGCUCAUCCCUGGAUUUAGAAUCAAGGCUGAACCAUCAAUAUAGUCCCAAGCUCUUUAUUGGGGCAAAAAUAGGCUGCCUUCAGUGGACUCCGGGAAAGCACCUUGUGGCCCAGCAAAAGUCAGCACAGAUCCAAACAAACAGUAGCAUAUGCAAGUUACAUUUUAAAAAUGUGACUUAUGGGAACCUCAGCGUACCAUCUGUUAUCUGUAAACACUAGAAAACGAAUGUUAAUUUCUUCGAAUUCGUGGCGUCCCGAAAUCUUUGUACGUUUGUUUAAACGUAAAAAACUGUUCCUUGGGAAAUAAUAUCGAAUACGGGGAUUGAAGCUUUCUCUUCUGUUUUGGAAUUAACCCACGUGCUCGUUUUAUUUAAAUGAGAUGAUGCGAAUGGAUGAUUUCGUGGUCGGCUAUGAAACACAAUGGAACCUUUGCCCUCAUUCCGGCUUCCGGUUCCCUUUUACACUAAGAGCAGACAUGAAAGGGGUCGCGUUUAAAGAAGUGGAAACAAGGCAACAAUUCCAUGUCUACAAAAAUGCUCUACGGAGCCUUUAUGCCUUUUACAAAUGGAAGACAAUAAUAAAAAAUGUUAUUGAAAAGAAUGAAAAAAAACGUGGACCAAACAGCAUAAGCCUCGUGCCAAUUUUGUAUAGUAACGAGGAGGUAUUCAUUGACAGCCCAUGUCUCAGCAUUGCCUUCGAAGACGAGCCUACGCCGGCAAGCCAGCCAAUAUGCGCCAUAUGCUCCUCGUAUUGAUUCUUGGCGUACAUGUCUCCUUUACCUGGGCAGGUUCCACAGAAAGCAAGCAGCAGAACGUGAGCCUAACAGAACAGCCAGUCACGGUGUUACCUACUCUAAAUACUAGUCUGGCGACGGAAUACAAUACCGAUUUUUAUCGAAAUAAUAACCGUCAAGUAACACGACGUCCUACUACCAGACGUACAGUUACUAGACGUCCGACAAACAAUAGACGUCCAGCAGGCAACAAUCGACGUCCGCCACAGACCAAGGCUCCUAUUGAAUGGGAUCAAGCUGAUACAUGCGGAGGUAAUAUUCUUGUUCCCCUAUCGGAGAAUCAGACUAAUGCCCUGAUAGAAGAAACGUAUCAGUCGACUGGGUUUCCAGUCGCGCGUACCUACCCUUUAAUCUGCACGUGGAAUGUCAAGGUGAGUAAGAAUUGCCGCCACGCCCGAAUUGUCUUGAGAAUGGACGAACGCAGUCGAUUGGCCGAUGAUAAGGAAUGUAAUAAAGGUUUCUUUCGCGUUUCGCCCUUCAUGAGAGAAGCCAAAAUCUGCGGCCGCGUUGGUGAUGUCCCACCGCUGCAGUGGCACGUUGAAAACGAAAACCCCAAAGUUGUUACAAUUACGAUGAGAAAUCCAGGACUGGAAGCCGAGAAAUCUGCUGGUUUCUCGUUUUCUCUUCAAGGUGAAUGCCUCCCUUAUGAAUCCAACGUGACAACUGAUGGGAUCAUGAACACUAACAGCUUGUGGCUCCACCAAAUCUGGAAAGACUCGGCAGCGAGGGGCGGACCUACGGUAGUCGUACCCGGUGUUGAUUUGGCCAGUAUAAUCCCCUGGAUGGAAAUUAAUCCGAAUGACCUCGUCAACAGCAACACUCCGUCCGGAUUUCCUAUUUCUGGGAGUCUACCUCCAACUAGCACGUUACCUACAGUUACUGGCGUGGCUGCUGUUAGCAACAAUCUCAAUCGACCACCUACCCGUCGCCCUGCGAGUAACGCGGUUCGAACUAGGCCCACGCGACGUCCUAAUCUAAGGCGUUCAACUACAACAGUUCGCCCAAUAACGACUCGUCAAACCACCGCCCGACCCAUUAGCUGGGAUCAGUAUGAUACGUGUGGUGGUGUCAUCAAUGUCCCUUUGCUAUUUGACCGUCUCUCGUUUUACGAAUCGUCGCAAUUUAUCACCGGGCGUAGCUUUCCUUUGGUCUGCACUUGGAAUGUGAAAGUGAAUCCGCUGUGCCGUCGUGCUCGUGUUACCAUGAGAGUGGACGUACGCAGCCGACUGGCUGAUGUGGAGGGAUGCACGAAAGGAUAUUACACCGUUUCGCCCUUCAUGAAAGAAGCCAGAAUAUGCGGCCGAAUCGGAACUGUUCCACCUUACCAAUGGUACGUGGACGACCAUAAACCGGAAGAUGUCACGAUUUUCAUGGAGAGUGUUGGACUCGAAGAUGGCCGAACAGAGGGAUUGUCCUUUAGCCUUCAAAGUGAAUGCAUCCCAAUCAGAUCGGACGUUAAGAAGAUGGACGUCGACAUUGAAAAUUAUUGGUCAAACAGUCGCUGGAUGAAUCGUCUGUCGGAAGAAUCUGAAAAAGGAGAUGGCCCAAGGGUAGUGAUACCUGGUGGUACAUUUGUCUCGACCACCGUGUCGUCAUUGGCUGACAAGAAUUUCAUUCCUCCCGAAAAUCAAUCCGAGAUUCCCUGGAUGAUCUUAAAGUCUCCCGAUCGAAACCAGUCCAUGUCUACAGUAUCGCUUUACACUGACGACUCUAAUAAUAUUUUAGAGUCACCUAAUAACCCCAUCAGUCCUGUUAACCCUACACCUGUCAGCGUCAUCUUGCAAUCCAGCAAUACCAGCGAAGAGAUUUUUACUGCUAAACCAAUCGCCACAACAACGAAAGUCACCAUGCCAUCCGUGGUUUUAUUGGACAAUGAAAACAUUCCUUGGAUUACCCUGAAAUCGCCUAAUGAAACUCAAUCAACCACAGCGAUUGACCCAUUGAUAACGCCUCCUCCUUUGAUGACGUGGCGUCCGACAAGUCAGAGCACCUCUACUACUCGAUCCAUCACAGUUGGUACAUCGACACAUCCGACCAUCCUUGCAUCCACCACUAGUCGUGCACCUACCAAAACUCCAAGUACUUUGAAGGCAUCGACCACCUUGUCUACCACGAUAAAGUCGACAACGCGCUCACCGUCUAAUAGUACAAGUCCUCAAUCCGCUAUCAUCCGUCCGCCUACUCAUCAGUCGCUGGGUACAAUGUAUUCUUCCACCACCAAGAGUCCUUCUUCUACCAAGAGUCCUUCUUCUACCAAGAGUCCUUCUUUUACCAAGAGUCCUUCUUUUACCAAGAGUCCUUCCACCACCAAGAAUCCUUCCACCACCAAGAAUCCUUCCACCACCAAGAAUCCAUCUACUACCAAAAUUGCAUCUAACCCGUCCACCAUCAAGAACAUUUCUACCCUCAUGAAUACGUCCACCACCAAGAAUACAUCUACCACCAAGAAUACAUCUACCACCAAGAAUACAUCUACCACCAAGAAUACAUCUACCACCAAGAAUCCUUCAACCACUAAUACGUCAAUAGCUGCUAGAAGGCCUUCGACAGUAGCGAAGCGACCACCGACGGUGCGUCCAUCUACCAAGAGUUCAACGACUACACGUCCUCCGUCAACCACCAAAAGUCCCAUAAAUACUCUGAACGAGGAUUCCGAAGCAAGUCCAGCAAAUAUCAAUUCAGACGUUGGGAUCCAAGAAGCCAUUUCUUACCUUUCGUCGCUUUUAGAAGAAACGAAAAAGAGAAAUAACUUACCUUCGUCUGAGGGAAGUAAUUAAAAGAAAUUGGAUGUUCCGGUUGCGUCUGUGGUAAAAAUUGAGCCGGAGGAUUUGGAAUAUAGUUCCAGAGUUGUCACCGACAACCUGAUGGUUAUGUAUUUCAAUAAAUUAAUUCAGUUAGGCUACCUAUUUAUUAGUUACAAGUUUAAGUAGUUUUUAGCUAUCGAAAGACUUUUUAAUAUUUUGUAUUAACUAAUAGUUAAUAAACUAUACUUGAAUAAUA